CGUGAUGACUGUGAUAUCCUGUUUGUACGAGUGGGUAGUGAUAGUUUUCUGGGGCUUAUGUAAGGUGUUUUAUUCUCUUAUUUCAUUGAAUUCACCAUUCUCGAGUGGUGAAAGUGUACAGAAGGCAAUUAUGAACUUUUCUAAAAUCGGCAAGAAUGCUGUCAAAAAUGUCAGCACUGGAGAGAUGGUUGCUAUGGAGUCAUUUUGGAGUAAUCAGAGGGUAGUCAUUACCUUUCUCAGGCGGUUCGGAUGAGCCUUCUGUCGCCUCGGAGCGAGGCAACUCAGUACCCUGAAACCUCAGCUGGAUGCCAACAAUGUCAGAUUUGUGGCGAUCGGCUUAGAGGAACUAGGGGUAGAAGAAUUUGUUCAGGAAAAAUAUUUCAAUGGAGGUUUAAUUUUUUCAAUAUUUUCCCUGCUUUGUUCACUAAGAAAUCUAGGGAUGCUAUUUCAGAAUCAAAACAACAGAAUGUAGGUGGUAAUUUUAAAGGUGAUGGAAUGCAGACAGGAGGAACAUAUGUCCUAGAAAAAGGCGGCAAUGUCUUACUGGAGUACAAACAGGACAAUCCAGCAGACCAUGUGGACCCAAAUGAAGUCCUCAAAGCUUUGGGUAUAUCUGGUAGAGUUGAGGUGGACCCCAUCCCAAAAGCAGAAGAUUCUGGAUCUAAAGGGGCUGCAGCACCAGUUUGUGAAAAUGAUGUUUGUCAAAUGCCGAAGAAAUCCUAAUUAAUUUGUUUUGUUAAUGGUAUGGUUAUAAAGUUACAAUUUAGACUAAAGAUAACGGAUGACUUUAAAGAAAGGAUUUAUGAUACAGACUAUGUAAAGUUGAGCUAUUGAGCAUAGUUAGUUGAUGACUUGACCCCUUUUUUAUUAAGUUAACUUAUCUUUAUUAUGACUUGACAAUUUUAUUAUUAUACCACUUAUUACCAUGUAAAUUGCCUUUGUAAAUUGUUGUGACAAUAUAUGCUUGUUUAUAUGAUCACUUAAACUUAUUCCAUAAUUUUUCUAUUGUGCAUUUAAGACUUCAUUAGUUUCAUUUAGUUAGUAAAUGUUUGUAAAAUUAAAGUGCUUUGUGUUUAAAUGACCUGAAAAUAUUUUCCUUAUCAACUGAUAGAUCUCAUUUAUAACCUUCUGUAUCACCAUUCCGACAUUCUGUACUCCUGCAAUUUCAUAAAAAAAAAACACCA